AUGACCGACUUCGCUACCAUAGUUCAGGAGCUCCGACGCAAGGUUGAGGAUAAAGAAAGACCGCCGACGGACAGUUUGCUAACCGCAUCCCCCUUUUCGGCAGAGGUGCAGGAUUAUAGGGCAUCGACGGGGUUUAAGCUACCCGAUCACCCCACCUACGAUGGGACGGGUGACCCGCGACACCAUGUUAUCAGUUUUCAGGCCAAGAUGCAAGUAAUUGGCGCAGACGCUUCGAUUAUCUGCCGUGCGUUCUUCCCUACAUUGGUGGGGCCCGCCCAACGGUGGUUCCUGAAGCUGCCCGCCGGAUCGAUUGGUGACUUCGAGGAGCUGGCCCGUUUGUUCUUGACACACUUCGCAAGAAGCAUGAAACCUAAGAAGUUCGUGUCAGACUUAUCCCGGGUACACCAAGAUGAAGGAGAGAGCUUGCGCAAGUACAUUGUGCGAUGGCAAAAAGAGGCCCAGGCGAUCGAUGGCCUGGACGACCAGAUAGCCCUGACAUUUUUCAUUGAAUCCUUGAGGGCAGACGGAUACUACAUCAAGCUACGGGAUAAAAAUCCCAAGACGUAUGCUGAAGCUAUUAAGAGAGCCAACCAGCUAGCCGAUACGGAAGAAGCAGUCAGACAGAAGCGGCGACUAGAGGGGUCCUCCUGCAAGCACCCCCUGGUAGUUAGUCCCCGCGAGGGGCGAACGUUGGACUUGGGGAACAUUCGUGUGAGAGAUCACUGGGUGCAAGACCGGUUGGGAGCUCCCGCCUAUCAGUCGACAGCACAACCUGUCCACGAAGUUCACCCCGAGCUGCCUCCUCUUCUUCCCAUCCGGCCGGGCGACAAGCCGGAAGUGGUCGGCACAACUGCCACACGCUAUUGCAGGUAUCACCGCACGAAUACUCACACCAUGGAAGAAUGCGAAGGUCUGAAGGAGGAGAUUGAGACGCUCAUAAAUUGCGGCCGGCCGCUAUCCCCCAAUCAAUGGUGUCGGUCAGGUUCGCAGUGGCAGAAAGAGGCUCCCGCUCCGGUCGCCCCGAGAGCCUAUUCAAGAGGAGGAUGCUGA